AGUUUAAAGAAAUUCUUUCUUUUUUUUUUUGUAUGUCAGUCAAUGGGCUCCAAUUAUGUUUUGAACCAGAUUCAUUGACUUUCAUUGUAUGGCCAAAACUUUCUUUAAAAUACAUUCUUUUGGGUUCCAAAGAUUCUGAAGUUUGGAAUGCCAUGAACAUAAGUAGAACUACAGUAUGACAGGCUUUUUCAUGUUUGGAUGGAAAUAAGGCUGUUCGCAGGGUGAAACAGAAUCGUGUGACAGAAAGAAACUACAGAGAAAAGUUGAAGGUUUUCUCUAUUGACUAAACUUGACGAUUCACUAAAUGAACAAAGCUCUGUUUAUAGGAGUUACGUUACUGCUGUCAGGUCAAAGGCCAUUUGACUUGCCUCUCCUGUUGUUGAAGUCUCCGUUGAAGCACGGAUAGCCACUCCAGAUCUUUUGAAUAAUCCCUUUGGAGUUCCGGAAGAUUGACGCUCUGAGUUUAUAGACAUUGAAUUUGUUACACAGAUCUUCAAGUUAGAAGAAGAGUACAGCAAUCCUUUGAAUACAUCUUCAGGCAAGUAAAACUGCCAUCAUUUUGGCUUCGGAUCUGCCAAGGAAAAGAGGAAAUAUAUCUAUGAAAAGACAAUUAAACAAUGAUUUCAAGCAAUAUUUCGAUUUCCUUGGAGAGAACUAAACCAAUAGCAGCAUUUCUGCUCUGUCAGUCAUGCUGCAAUCAUUAACUUUUGAUGCAUUCCAGAGCGUUUUAUCUCGACUACUGUUCUGGACAUCACUGCGUUCUCAGGCAAAACUACAGGAAUGCAUAAUGAUGUACAUUGUAUAACCGAACUUGGUUUUUGAAACACUGGUCUGAGAAGCUUCGAAAGGGGACAUGUUUGUUAAACGUCCAGAUGCUUUUGCUGGAAGACUGAAACUUUCAAGUGAGUAAAAGUCUUUUUAAAGAUGCAUACAAAAAAAUAGAAGCAAUUACACUGAAAGUUAGUUUGUUACCAACUCUUGGACACUCCAAUAUGGCUGACGUGACUACUAAGUCAAACAGUUCCAGUCCUGGACCGAGUGAUGUUGAGCGAGUGUUAGUCCCAAUAUUUGACAGCUUUAUCCUGGUGACGGGGAUAGUGGGACACAUCCUGGUUCUCAUCAUCAUCAGUCGUACGAUGCGGCGAGGACGUGAAGGAAGGACAGGAGGACUCCAGCAAACAAAAGCAAACGGCACAGAUGUUCUCCUUCUGUCAUUAAGUGUGGCGGACCUUCUCCUACUUUCCUGUCUUCCAUAUCACACAGUUGCCAUUGCAACCCAUCACUGGCCAUUUGGAAGCUUUAUGUGCAAGUCAGUCAGCUUCCUGAGUGCGAUGUGUACAGCCGCGAGCGCCUUUACACUGGCCGCUUUGGCUUUUGCUCGAUACAUCAUCGUGGUUCACAAGUCAAAAGCGUAUCGGUGGCGCAGAGAGGGGCGUUUAACAGUGAUCGCAGGUGUACUGUGGAUACCAGCUGUUGUCUUGGCAUCACCUCAGUUCGCUUGGAGGACACUGGUUCCAGCUCGUGAGGACAUGGCAUGUUUUAAUUUCCCUUAUGGCAAGAGCCAUUUGGUAUAUGGAGUGUGCCACUUCCUUCUGGCUUUUGCGUUUCCGCUUUUGAUCAUUUUAAUAGCCUAUAUCAAGAUAUACCAUUUCCUCAAAGUCACUAGGCGGGAUCGCACAACUCAGACUGACCGUUUGGAGCACUACCAUGUGCAUGUCACCAAGACGUCUGCUCUGUUAGUGCUGGCGUUUGCCUUGUGCUGGCUGCCUUCCUAUGGCUUGAUGUUCGCUCAGAUAGUUGAGGGUGACAAUGACGUUGUUCUUUUACCUCGCUUUGGACCUUUUGCUACAUUUGCUCGCAUCAUGGCAACGUCUUCUACAGUGGCCAACCCCGUUCUUUAUGUUUUCAUGUCUGAGAAAUUCAGGAAGGAACUAAUGGAUCUGGUUCGAGGAGGCUGUGUAAACUGACCCUCCUAAAGCCAUAUAUGGGAUGGCGAAAUGACCUUAUAAGAAAUACAUGAUUUAAUCCAUAAUCUAUGUUGUUUACUUUAUUCAAUGACUGUGUACUGGCAUUAACAAUAAGUGUUUUGAUUUUUAAACAAACAUGUAGAACAUAUUCCAUGAGUGAUGCCACGUGACUACGUUUACAUGCAGCCAAUAACCCGUUCAAAACCGGGAUUAGCAAUAACCCGGUCGCGAACGGCCAUGUAAAC